AUUUUAAUUAAAUACAUUGGAUGCUGUGAGGGUAAAACAGCGCCCUCUAUCGCCGCGUCCAGCAGGUUCGCUUCUGCGCCACAGGUGUGUGCAGCAGGUAUCCCGGAAACCACAGCAAACGAAAGCAGACGCAGCGAUGGCUCAGAACAACGUUCAGCAGGAAUUACAGAACCAGUUUACUGAUGUUGUGAGCAGACUAAAGUCUAAGCAGCUCUUUCAGUCGGACUGGGACAUCGCCUCCUUCGCCAUCUUCUUCAUUUUCAUAGGGAUGGUCCUCCUGCUGGUGGUCCUGGUCAUCAUACGCUGCUGCUGCUGUUGCUGCUGUGAUGAGAAGCCCAAACAUCACAAGGUGGGCAUCGACAACAUGGCAAUGGAACCCUGAAGAACAGAAGAGCUCAACUCCUAUCAAUUUAAACCCUGUACUUUAAUCACACAUCUGUUUUCUCUGUUAAAUUUGUGCCAGAUUAAUAAUGAUAAAUGUUUUGAGUGAGUUUCUGUGUGAAGUGAACAGAGGAGAGGGUAAACAAAUGAAAGAGAUCUGAAAGUUAAAUAUUGUUACUGCAAACACCCACCAUUUCCCAGAUCCUCAUAUCAUGUUCCAUGAGUUUAAUCAGCCAAUGUUUUUGACACUGUGAUGGGCACAUAUUUACAAUUUAUUUAGUUUUCUGACUUUUAUUACAUGAAAAUUGUCCUAAAAUGUAAACUAAUUGUAAUGCUAAUUAUUUAUAAUCUACUAAAUGUAACCCUCAGAGACACUUUUCAUUGUGUAAAUACAGUACAGUGAGUUUUUAGGACCCUAAUAUAUGACUGAAAGAGACUGCAAUACAGGAAUGACACAGCAUUAAAAAAAAACAAUGCGUCUGAGGGUAAAAUGUAAUCUUAAAAUAGUAAUGUUUAGAUGCUGUUGAUUUAUUGAUUUUUGUUUGUUUGUAAAUCAUCAAGUGAAGAUUAGCAUAGCACAUAGCACUUUACUCACAACCCUUGUAAGCACUAUAAAAUAUUUCUUAUAUUCUUCACAUUUUCUAUUGCUUCAUAUGAAUGAUUGAUAUGAAUGAAAUAUUUCACUGAUGCAAAAUGAAUUUGUACAGUUCAGACAAUUUAUUGCACAGAUACAGUCAACACACACUUCAGCUCUGAUUUACACAUUUGUUCAAUAUUGGAAUUAACAGGAAAAUGAACAAACAGAGGCUCACUGAGACCAACAGCAAGUGCAUUCAGCAUCACAAUAAAUAAAGCAUACAAAUAAAUUAACAAACAAUACCUGUCAGACAGUAAUGUGUAUUAGAACAUGUGUAUCAUACUAAAUAAUGAUGAUAAAUAAACUAAUCUAACAUUA